AUGGCAAAAGUCGAUAGGGGGGAUAGCAAUGCCACCAUGGUGACCGAAUUCAUCUUGCUUGGGAUUUCCGAUUACCCUGAGGCCCAGAUGGUGAUGUUUGUGGUUUUCCUCAUCUUCUACCUUGCCACGAUAUUUGGUAACAGCCUUCUCAUUGUCCUGAUCAUACGGAGCCCUCUUCUGCAUACGCCUAUGUAUUUCUUUCUCUGCAAUCUCUCCUUCUUGGACAUCUUCUACACCACCAGCAGCAUUCCGCAAACACUGGUCAACUGUUUCUUCCGCCGACCCACCAUAUCAUAUAUCCGCUGCAUAACUGAGAUGUACGUCAGCCUCUUUCUUGGCAUUGCAGAGUGUUUCUUGCUGGCUGUCAUGGCAUACGACCGCUUUGCUGCUGUUUGCAACCCCUUGCAUUACACCACCAUCAUGAGCUGGAAGCUUUGUACCCAGCUGGCAGUUACGUCUUGGGCCAGUGCCUUCAUGAUGACUCUGAUCCCCAGGCUGUUGCAACCCACUCAGUUUUGUGGACACAACGUCAUCAACCACUUCACGUGUGAGCUACGGGUCUUCCUCAAUCUGGCCUGCUCAGACAUACGCAUGGCUGAGACCGUUAUCAUGAUCAACAGUGUUUUGGUCCUCGCUCUACCCUUUGGUUUCAUCUUGGUGACCUACGGGCGCAUUGGCCAGGCUGUGCUGCGCAUCCGCUCAGCCGAGGGACGAGGCAAGGCCUUUUCAACCUGUGGGUCUCAUCUGGUGGUAGUCAGCAUCUUCUAUGGCUCAGCCAUCUCCAUGUAUUUGCGGCCACAUGACAAAGCCUUCUCUAACCGUGACAAAAUCGUCUCCCUGUUCUAUGGAGCAGUGACACCCAUGCUCAACCCCUUGAUUUACAGCCUUAGAAAUAAAGAUGUGAAAGGAGCCUUUUGGAGGCUGCUUGGGAAGAAAAUGUCUGAAUGA